AUGGUAAAAAGUAUCCUCACCACACCUAUCUAUGGUUUCAGCUCUAUAACAGUUGGCUCCAUAACUCAUACCAACAUCGAAGAGAAGAAGACUCCGAGAGAGAUCACGCUCGUGGAAAUGCAAGAUUCCAGUGCGAUAGAUACGACCUCGGAAGUCAAUAGCAGCGGGAAGAUAUAUCCUAAAACCCCUAUAUGCAUAAGCCAUCUCCAAUACAUUUUGCUCAUAACGAGCCCUUUGGAUGUUAUACUCAAGUAUGUGCACGAUACUGUUGAGAGUAUACGUCUUUUGAAAAUUCUCACUCUCCUUACUACGCAAAUCGCGGAUUAUGUCUAUUGCAACCUUAAAAUCAAUAUGGUUCAGAAAAGCAGGCAUGAGAAAGCCUGUUCUAACCAAAUAAUCAUUAUGAGUCAAGAGAAAAUUGAGAUAUCCCUCAUUAAUAAUAAAAGGCUGGUUUUCUAG